AUGAGCUCGAACAGGCCGCAGGCUCAAACGGGAGCCUACAGCGCUCUUACCGCAGAAGCCACUGCAAACCUGCCAUUCACAUCAAACCUGGCCCAUUACCUGCGCCAAGACCAAAACUUUGAGCGCAUCCCUCUGGGGCUGCCAACCAGUCGCCCGGCCGGAAACAACUAUACGGGGCAAAGUAGCUACUCGAGCCAGUCUUCGACAAGAAGCGAAAAUAGCGGAUCAAGGAUCUGA